ACUUGGCGUUCAAAAUUCAAAAUCUCAAGCAGACCAUUCUUCUUUCUCCACCCAAGCGGACGCAGAGGCAGCCAUGAGGAAGGCGCCCGCAGCGGCCCCCAAGCCCAAGCCGAGGGCGAGGGCCAAGCCCAAGGCGAAGGCCAGCCCCGACUCCCUCUCCAGCGCCACGUUGCCGUCCCGCAGCGGCGGGUCUCCCGUCGCGGUCGGCCGCGGCCUCCUCUCGCCCUCCUCGCCGGCGACGCCCAAGGCCAGGUCUCCCCUCUCCCCGUUCGCCGCAUCCACGCCGGCCUCCGUGUCCACCGUCGCCGACCUGAGGGGCCGCGCCGCCUCGAGCCUCGACUCGCUCAAGCGCCGCCUCGACGCGCUCCACGGCGACUCCGCCCGCGACCUCGAGGCCUCCCACUCCCGAAUCUCCAAGCGCAUCAAGACGCAGAGCUGCCUCAAGCUGGCCGAGGAGGCGGAGAAGGAGCGUAAGAAGAUGGACGAGAGGAUCUCCGGGCGCGCCGAGGAGAUGAAGGCAUCGUACAAGGAGUUCGUGACGGAGGUGCAGUCGUCUUCGUCUCGUGUGUCCAAGGUGACCUUCCCUGAGAUGGCAAAGUCGGUGGCCAGAGCUAUCGAUGGCAUGCGCAGUCGCUACAACAUCCCAGCUACGACAGCUUAGCAUACGGUUCAGUUCAGACUGUCUCUGCUACGUCUCUGAAUUGGUACAUGCCCUUCUCCAGAUCAACCUGACUGCUAAAUUCCUGAACUCGUGGCAGCAGAAAACUCGCACAUUUGUAAACAACAACUGUUACACUUACAUCAUACCUUUUGCUAGUCUCUUUGCGAGCGACGAUAAAACUCGUUACGUUCACUGCUCCAUGACAUUGCAUGUGUGCGUUACCACUAUCGGUAUUAUCAUAGAUACUAUAACUUGUAAGGAUAACAAUAUUGCAGAUCUGAAACACAGUUCAUGAUGCCGUAUUUGUGUUCAGAAGGGAAACCCCGUCUAUCUGGAUGGUGCUUAUAAACAUUGUUUAUACCUUGCAUUG